GUAGCUUACGGCAAAUUCCUCACGGCGCGCUGCAAAAAUUGGAUUUCUUUCUCCGAACACCACCUUCACCUGCACGGGCUUUAGGAGCCAACAUCGUGCCAGCCACUUAUUAUCAUUCAAACAGGUUGAAUAUCGACGUGGACGAGAACUGAAUUAUCAAGAUAUUUAAGCACAAGGCGCCUAGCACGCCGUUUAACGCGUCAAGAUGCUUGCAGCCCCAGGGCCCGGGAAUCCCUUUCGCCAGCCAUGCCCUCAUUGCCAGCAGUCGUUCACUCUACGAUCCCUGCAUGAGCACCUGGAGACAAGCCACUUGGGCGUUAAAUGCUACUUCCCAGGGUCCAGCCUAGUUCUCGCCGUAGAAGAUGAUUGUGCAAUGAUCCAAGAGCUGUCCCUCUGUAACCUAAAUAACGGGGGUGGCUAUAGGAAUGGUGAAUUCUGGUGUCACUGGCCAAACUGCAACGCGAUCAACAGUUCCCAUUCCUACAAGAAUGAUUCAAACUUAAAACGUCAUCUUCGCAUGAAGCAGAAAAAGAUUUAUUUAUAUAAUCUCAACGUUGUUCAGUCCGCCGGUGCUCCUGCAGUGCCCACACCUGCUGCAGCUCAAGUCCCCAGCCCAGUUGCAACUGCAGUCCCCGUUUCAAUCCCGGCUCAAGCCCCGGUACCCGCCCCAGUCUCGGUCCCUGUUCCGGUCCCGGCCCCAGCAGCCAUGCCGGUCCCCAACUCCGAGUCCGGCCCGCCGGCUUAUCCUCUGCUUGAUCAAGCCGUGAUCGACGAAUUAGUGCUUCAGGUGCACCUAGCAAUGGCACGACGAGAAGCCAAGUACGAGUGUUUCCGAGCCAUGCUCAUGCCACAGGACCCCGCGGAAGCAUUGACUCCAGACCAACGCACGAAGUUCCGCAUCGACAUCAAAGCGGUCAACGACGCCGUCGACGAUGCCCUCCGUAUGCUCUGGCUCGUUGUUGGCACAGGCCCCGACGGCCCCGACGGCCACCUCCAGAAGCUUUGGAUCAGCUAUACGUCUCAGAUGAAAAGCGUGCAGCUCAUCAUGAAGUUCUGGAUCAACCACUUCGUCAUGUUCAAGGAUCAGAUGAAGGAGUGGAACAAAUACCUUCCUGAGCACACCGAGCUCCAGUCGAUUGUCGACAAGAUCCUUGACGAGGUCAAGAAAAUACCUUGCCACCCGGUGCACCAGCCCGUCAAGAUCGAGGAGUCUGGGGUGAAGAUUGAAGAGUUUGAUAUUUCGUAAAUGCACUUGCCGUCUCAGUGUCUCAACUACUAUUUCCUCCCCUCUGGUUUGCCGAUAUUUGCAGGACGGUGGAUGUAAGUACCGCGUGGUUUUCAGGAAAACCUCGGAAUUACAUGCUUACUACAAUAUAGGAUAGGGAAAAGUGCGGUUGUUUAAUAGUGCGGCUUGCAAACUAUCCGAAUUAACUUUUUGCAGGACGGGAUAUCCAUUAAUGGAGUCGCCAGCAUGUCUUUGACAAGCUAUAUGCAACUUGCGUUUGAAAUUGUGUUUGGUUUUUAACAAAGCCUGAGAAGCUUCUCAAUGUCAUCCAUUGCUAGUGACCUCGUGUAUCAUAGUGCAAUUGUGGA